AUGUCAUUGUCUCUGGACGUGUCUGAACUGGCCUUUGGAGGUCGAAACGUCGUUGCAUCCGGUGACUUCGCACAGUUACCACCUUCGUCGGCUGGUUAUCCCUUGUACAGUCAUGCUGUAGGUUCCACUAUUCAUAAAGUAAAUUCAGUACAACUGCAGCGCACCAGCAUGGGAAAGGCGCUGUGGCACACGUUCACAACGGUUGUUUUGUUAACCCAGAAUAUGAGACAGCAGGGCUCUUCCGAGGAAGAUCUUUACUUUAGACAGAUACUUAUGGAUUUGAGACAUUGUGCUUGCUCAGACGAGCAGAUUGCGUGGAUGAACAGUAAGAUUGCAGGUCGAGGGCCAGGGCAGCCCCGUAUGUCUGAUUCGGAUGUCAAAUAUGCUUCAAUUAUCACUGCCUGGAAUGCCUCUAGAGAUAAGAUCAACGAUAUGGGUGCGCCAGCCUUUGCAAGGGACAACAAUCACGCACUGGAUGUAUUUUACUCUUUGGACAGGUGGUCAACCAUCGACGUGCUCCGAACUAGUGAUGUGGUGGAGCAAAAAAUGCAGGAGAAACUAUGGGCCGUGCAUCCCGCUAGAUCAGAGCAUCAUCCCGGUUGCUUGAGGAUCUGCUUGGGCAUGCCUGUUCUGAUAAAACACAACGAAGCUACAGAAGCGGGUGUUACUAACGGGGCUGAAGGUUUUGUGGUUGGGUGGAAUGCUCGGGAAAUUGGCAGAGGUAAACAAACGUUGGAUACACUGUUUGUGAAGUUGAAACUUACUGCUAGUACCGUGCGUGUCAAAGGUUUGCCUGACAAUGUGGUUCCUGUGACGGCGUACACAAAGUCCAUUGCUGUUAAAUUAACGGAUGAUACUGAGGUUAGGCUAUCACGCACACAGAUUCCGGUAGUACUGAACUUCGGUAUGACUGAUUAUGGGAGUCAAGGGCGUAGUCGUGUACACAAUCCUUUUGAUCCUGGCGAGUGUCGAAGCCAUCAAUCUCUGUAUACCUGUCUAUCCAGAGGAACGUCUUGGAGUAGCACAAUACUGGUUCGUCCGAUUCCGCAGUCUAUGGCCAAAGGCAAGCUGUCUGAGCAAUUGCGCAGA